AUGAACUUUGUCCUUCAAAGGACUCAGCAGAUUCACGAGAAUGAAAGAGAUGUUGAUGAAUGCAGCACCAUUUCUGGAGUCUGUGAUGGGGGUGAAUGCUCAAACACGGUUGGUAGCUACGUCUGCACCUGUCCCCGUGACUUUGUCACAAGCCUGGAUGGCUCUCGGUGUAUUGAUGAAUAUCGCAGACUGUGCAUUGAGGGUGUUCCCUUUGGACCGGGUUACCCUGGCAUAGGAUUUCCAGGAUUUUCUGGUGGAAUUGGGCCAAAUGGCCUUGGCCCUGGUGGAGUUGGGCCUGGUGGAGUUAGCCCUGGUGGUGUCGGACCUGGUGGAGUCGGACCUGGUGGACUUGGACCUAACGGGGUUGGGCCCAGUGGGAUUGGACCAGGUGGAAUUGGAACAGGUUUCUCAGGACUACCUGGGACUGGGCCUGGCAUUGGUACAGCCACCCUGAAUCAGACAAUUGAUGUUUGCAAGCAUUUCACCAACCUGUGUCUGAACGGACGUUGUAUUCCCACCCCAUCCAGUUACCGCUGUGAAUGUAACAUGGGUUUCAAACAGGAUGUGCGUCGAGAGUGUAUUGAUGUUGAUGAAUGUUCCAGCAGUCCUUGUGUGAAUGGGGACUGCAUUAACACCCCUGGUGCCUAUCACUGCAAGUGUCAUGAUGGUUUCCAGAGUACUGCCACCAAGCAAGCCUGUAUUGAUAUCGAUGAGUGUAUUCAGAACGGUGUCUUAUGCAGGAACGGCCGAUGCGUUAACACUGAUGGAAGCUUCCAGUGUAUCUGCAAUGCUGGCUUCGAGCUUACCCCCAAUGGAAAGAACUGCAUUGAUCAUGAUGAAUGUGCUACUACCAACAUGUGCCUGAAUGGAAUGUGCAUCAACGAGGAUGGCAGCUUCAAGUGUAUUUGCAAGAAUGGCUUUAUCCUAGCUCCUAAUGGCCGUUACUGUGUGGAUAUUGACGAAUGUCAGACACCUGGUAUCUGCAUGAAUGGCCGCUGCAUUAACUCAGAAGGUUCCUUCAGGUGUGAGUGCCCUCCAGGUCUGGCUAUUGGAGUGGAUGGACGUGUCUGUGUUGAUACCCAUAUGCGGAGCACUUGCUACGGAGCCAUCAAAAAGGGCACCUGUACCCGACCUUUCUCUGGAGCCGUGACCAAAUCAGAGUGUUGUUGUGCCAGUCCAGACCAUGGCUUUGGAGAGCCCUGCCAGCCCUGCCCAGCCAGGACUUCAGCUGAGUUCCAGGCUUUGUGCAGCAGUGGCAUCGGGAUCACAGCUGAUGGACGAGAUAUCAAUGAGUGUGCUCUUGAUCCCGAUAUCUGUGCCAAUGGGAAUUGUGAGAACCUGCGCGGCAGUUACCGCUGUAUCUGUAAUAUUGGCUAUGAGUCUGACAUCAGUGGCAAGAAUUGUGUCGAUAUUGACGAGUGCUCAGUCAACAUGCUUCUGUGUGACAAUGGACUGUGUCGUAACACUCCAGGCAGCUACACAUGCACUUGCCCCACAGGUUACAUCUUCAAACCUGAUACCGAGACCUGUGAAGAUGUGAAUGAGUGUGAAUCCAGCCCAUGUGUGAAUGGUUACUGCAGGAACAUGGCAGGCUCGUUCAUCUGUGAAUGUUCACUUGGCAGCAAAUUGGAUCCAACCAGAACCAUCUGUAUCGACAGUAUGAAGGGGACGUGCUGGCUGAAUAUUCAGGAUGGGCGUUGCGAGGUGAACAUCAAUGGAGCAACACUGAAGUCGGAGUGCUGUGCCACCUUGGGAGCAGCCUGGGGCAGUCCCUGUGAACACUGCGAGCUGGAUCCCACCUGCCCCAGAGGCUAUGCCAGAGUGAAAGGCGUUACUUGUGAAGAUGUGAAUGAGUGUGAUGUAUUCCCUGGUGUUUGCACAAAUGGACGGUGUGUGAAUACACAAGGCUCAUUCAAGUGUGACUGCCCUGAAGGACUGACUCUGGAUGGGACUGGGAGAACCUGUGUGGAUGUUCGUCUGGAACACUGCUACCUGAAGUGGGAGGAGGACGAGUGCACACAGCCAAUGGCGAGCCGGUUCCGUAUUGACACUUGCUGCUGUUCGAUUGGCCGUGCCUGGGGUGGAGACUGCGAGGAAUGCCCACAGCCUGGCACACGGGAAUAUGAGGCUAUUUGCCCCAGGGGACCAGGAUUUGCCAACAGGGGUGAUGUUCUGACAGGCAGACCAUUCUACAAGGAUAUCAACGAAUGUAAGGUAUUCUCCAGUCUGUGUACAUAUGGAACAUGCCGGAACACAGUUGGAAGCUUUAAAUGUCGCUGCGAGAGUGGAUUUGCCCUAAACAUGGAGGAAAGGAACUGUACAGAUAUCAAUGAAUGCCGUAUUUCACCGGACCUCUGCGGCCACGGCAUGUGUGUGAACACACCAGGCAGUUUUGAAUGUGAAUGCUUUGAAGGAUAUGAAAGUGGUUUUAUGAUGAUGAAGAACUGCAUGGAUAUUGACGAGUGUGAGAGAGACCCCUUGCUGUGUCGGGGAGGAACCUGUGUAAACACUGAUGGCAGCUAUGAGUGUAUUUGCCCACCAGGUCAUGAGUUGACCAUCGAGGGAGAUGGCUGUGUGGAUAUCAAUGAGUGCUCACUGAGUGACAACUUGUGCAAGAAUGGCCGCUGUGUGAAUAUGAUUGGGACUUACCAGUGUGCUUGUGACUCAGGAUAUCAGGGCACAGCGGACAGACAGGGCUGUGUGGAUAUUGAUGAAUGUACAAUUAUGAACGGUGGAUGUGAUACACACUGCACAAACUCCGAGGGAAGCUAUGAGUGCAGCUGCAGUGAGGGCUAUGCACUGAUGCCUGACAAAAGGACAUGUGCAGAUAUUGAUGAAUGUGAGGAGAAUCCUGAUAUUUGUGAGGGUGGACAGUGUACCAACAUCCCUGGGGAAUAUCGCUGCCUCUGCUUUGAUGGGUUUAUGGCUUCGAUGGACAUGAGGACCUGUCUGGAUGUUAAUGAAUGUGACCUGAACCCUAACAUCUGUCUCCACGGCGACUGUGAGAACACCAAAGGCUCUUUUAUCUGUCAUUGCCAGCUGGGAUACUUUGUAAAGAAAGGAACAACAGGAUGCACAGAUAUUGAUGAGUGUGAAGUUGGAGCUCACAACUGCGACAUGCACGCCUCUUGUGUGAAUGUGCCAGGCAGCUUCAAGUGCAAGUGUCGUGAUGGAUGGAUUGGAGAUGGACUGGAGUGCAUCGAUCUGGAUGAAUGUGCCACUGAGGAACACCAGUGUAAUCCCAGUGCCAACUGUAUGAACACACCAGGCUCGUAUCGCUGCACCUGUAAGGAUGGCUUCAGUGGUGAUGGCUUCAGCUGCUCAGAUGUUGACGAAUGUGCUGAAAAUGUGAACCUGUGUGAGAACGGGCAGUGUCUGAAUGCUCCUGGGGGUUAUCGUUGUGAAUGCGAAAUGGGAUUCACACCGACCGAGGAUAGCAAGGCCUGCCAAGAUAUUGAUGAGUGCACCUUCCAGAAUAUUUGUGUUUUUGGAACUUGCCAGAACCUACCCGGAAUGUUCCGCUGUGUUUGUGAUGAUGGUUACGAACUUGACAGAAGUGGAGGCAAUUGCACAGAUAUCAAUGAAUGUGCUGACCCUGUAAACUGCAUCAAUGGCCUCUGUGUGAACACCCCUGGGAGCUACCUGUGUAACUGCCCGACAGAUUUCGAGCUGAAUCCUACAGGGGUUGGCUGUGUGGAUACCCGUGUGGGUAAUUGCUUCCUGGAAACCUUGCCAAGGGGAGAUGGCGGGAUUUCAUGCAGUGCAGAGAUCGGUGUUGGUGUCACUCGAGCCUCAUGCUGUUGCUCGCUGGGAAGGGCUUGGGGAAACCCUUGUGAAUUCUGCCCUCUAGUCAACUCCACUGAAUACAAGACUCUAUGUCCAGGAGGGGAAGGUUUCCGACCCAAUCCUAUCACUGUCAUUCUGGAAGAUAUUGAUGAGUGUCAGGAGUUACCAGGCCUAUGUCAGGGUGGAAACUGUGUGAACACAUUUGGCAGCUUCCAGUGUGAAUGUCCAGCUGGAUAUUACCUGAAUGAGGACACUCGUAUAUGUGAAGAUAUCGAUGAAUGCACCACUCACAUUGGAAUCUGUGGACCUGGAACAUGCUACAAUACUUUGGGCAACUAUACCUGUGUCUGCCCUCCGGAGUACAUGCAAGUCAAUGGAGGAAACAAUUGUAUGGAUAUGAGGAAGAGUGUCUGUUACCGCAACUUCAAUGAUACAUGUGAGAAUGAACUCUCCUUCAACAUGACCAAGAAGAUGUGCUGCUGCUCAUACAACGUGGGCAAGGGAUGGAAUAAGCCAUGUGAGCCCUGCCCCACGCCAGCUACAUCUCACUAUCAACUCCUGUGUGGGAAUCAGGCUCCUGGCUUCAUCAUUGAUAUCCAUACGGGCAAACCAGUUGAUAUUGACGAGUGUCGGGAAAUCCCAGGCAUUUGUGCGAAUGGCGUCUGUAUCAACCAAAUCGGUAAUUUCCGCUGUGAGUGUCCAAUGGGCUUCAGCUACAACAAUGUGUUCCUGAUCUGUGAAGAUAUUGAUGAGUGCACCAAUGGAGAUAACCUGUGUCAGCGGAAUGCCGACUGUAUCAACAUCCCAGGCAGUUACCGCUGUGAGUGCUCCCCGGGCUUUAAACUGUCACUGAGUGGAGCCUGUGUGGAUCGUAAUGAGUGCCAGGAGAUCCCCAAUGUGUGUAGCCACGGAGAGUGUAUUGACACAGAAGGAAGUUAUCGGUGUCUUUGUCACAAUGGGUUCAAAGCAACAGCUGACCAGACAAUGUGCAUGGAUAUCGAUGAGUGUGACCGGCAGCCCUGUGGGAAUGGAACCUGCAAGAACACCGUUGGAUCUUACAACUGCCUCUGUUUCCCUGGAUUUGACCUCACCCACAACAACGAUUGCAUGGAUAUCGAUGAGUGCUCGACUCAGAUUGGUCAGGUCUGUCGAAAUGGGCAGUGUAUAAACAGUAUCGGCUCCUUCCAGUGCCUGUGUCAGGAUGGCUAUGAGCUGCCACCCGAUGGGAAGAAUUGUGUUGAUAUCAAUGAAUGCAUCAGCUUCCCUGGCACCUGUGCCCCUGGGACCUGCCAGAAUCUAGAUGGUUCUUUCCGGUGUAUUUGUCCUCCUGGUUACGAAGUACAGAACGACCACUGCAUCGAUAUUAAUGAGUGUGAGGAGGAUCCUAACAUCUGUCUGUUUGGCUUCUGUACGAAUACACCUGGAAGUUUCCAGUGUAACUGUGCCCUAGGAUUUGUUCUGUCGGAAAAUGGAAGGAGAUGCUUCGAUACCAGGCAGAGCUUCUGCUUCACCAGGUUUGAUAACGGCAAGUGUUCGGUACCCAAGGCCUUCAAUACAACCAAAGCCCGCUGCUGCUGUAGCAAGAUGCCAGGGGAGGGCUGGGGCGACCCAUGUGAACUUUGCCCUCAGGAAGAAGAAGUUGCUUUCCAGGAGCUGUGUCCUUACGGUCACGGUGCGAUCCCUGGCAUCGGUGAUACCCGCGAAGAUGUGAAUGAGUGUGUCGAGAACCCUGGAAUCUGCGUUAACGGGCACUGUAUAAACACUGAUGGUUCUUUCCGAUGUGAAUGUCCAUUUGGAUAUAGCCUAGAUUUUACUGGAGUCAACUGUGUUGAUACUGAUGAAUGCACCAUUGGUAACCCAUGUGGCAAUGGAACUUGCAGCAAUGUCAUUGGAGGGUUUGAGUGUGCGUGCGAUGAUGGAUUUGAACCUGGUCCGAUGAUGACUUGCGAAGAUAUUAACGAGUGCUCCCUCAAUCCCCUAUUGUGUGCAUUUCGCUGCAUCAACACCUAUGGUUCAUACGAGUGCACUUGCCCUGGAGGUUACACUCUGAGAGCUGACCGCAAGAUGUGCAAAGAUUUGGAUGAGUGUUCAGAAGGAUUUCAUGACUGUGAAUCCCGGGGAAUGAUAUGCAAGAACUUGAUUGGCACUUUCAUGUGCAUCUGCCCACCUGGAAUGAUGCGAAGACCAGAUGGAGAGGGCUGCAUGGAUGAAAACGAGUGUCGCACUAAACCAGGGAUAUGUCAGAAUGGCCGAUGUAUCAACACAGUCGGCAGCUACCGAUGUGACUGCAACGAAGGAUUCUUGGAAGGUCCAUCAGCUACAGAAUGUCUGGAUAAUCGUCAGGGAUUCUGUUUCAUUGAAGUUUUGCAAACCAUGUGCCAAAUGUCAUCCACCAACCGCAACCUGGUCACCAAGUCAGAGUGCUGCUGCAAUGGAGGCAGAGGAUGGGGUAACCAGUGUGAGCUAUGCCCACUGCCAGGCACUGCCCGUUACAAAAAGAUGUGCCCACAUGGACCUGGAUAUGCCACAGAUGGUAGAGAUAUCGAUGAAUGUAGAGUAGUACCGAACCUGUGUAAGAACGGACAGUGCAUCAACACCAUGGGCUCCUUCCGCUGUUUCUGUAAUAUUGGAUACACCACUGAUCUAACAGCAACCUCCUGUGUUGAUCUUGAUGAAUGUGCGCUGUCACCCAAACCAUGCAACUUCAUCUGCAAGAACACAGAAGGUAGCUACCAAUGCUCAUGUCCACGAGGCUACAUUCUGCAGGAAGAUGGAAAGACGUGUAAAGAUCUUGAUGAAUGUUCAACGAAACAGCAUAACUGUCAGUUCCUGUGUGUUAACACGAUUGGAUCCUUUGCUUGCAAAUGUCCACCUGGUUUCACACAACACCACACAUCGUGCAUCGACAAUAAUGAGUGCAUGGGUCAGCCCACAAUCUGUGGUUCAAAGGGCACAUGCCAAAAUACACCAGGAAGUUUCAGCUGUGACUGCCAGAAGGGAUUCUCAUUGGAUGGCACCGGUUUUAACUGUGAAGAUAUUGAUGAGUGUGAUGGGAACCAUCGAUGUCAGCACGGCUGCCAGAAUAUGCUGGGUGGAUAUAGAUGCAGCUGCCCUCAAGGCUACAUGCAACACUACCAGUGGAACCAGUGUGUCGAUGAGAAUGAGUGCAGCAAUCCCACUGCCUGUGGAGCUGCCUCCUGUUAUAACACUCUAGGCAGCUACAAAUGCCUCUGUCCGUCUGGGUUUGAUUUUGACCAGUAUUCUGGGGGAUGUCAGGAUGUGAACGAAUGCUCAGUCUCUGGAAACCCCUGCACGUAUGGCUGCUCCAACACAGACGGUGGUUACCUCUGCGGCUGCCCUGGGGGCUACUUCAGGGUGGGUCAAGGACACUGUAUAUCAGGAAUGGGGUUCGGGAAUGGUCAAUAUCUACCUUUGGAGGAGGAAGAGGGUGAUGCAGAGAAUGUGCUGUCCCCUGAGACAUGCUAUGAAUGCAAGAUCAAUGGCUACCCCAAGAGAGGCAGGCAUCGGAGAAGCACAAAUGGCACUGUGUCACAUGAGGAUCUCAAGAUUAGUCUGGCUAGUUUGGACAUUGAUGCACCAAUCCCAUUGAAUGUGAAUAUCUCCGACAUGGGAAUCCAUGAUCACAUCAUGGAAUUCCUUCCGGCCAUUGAGACUCUGGAAAACCACGUGCGUUACAUCAUCUCCAGUGGGAAUGAAGCCAACUCCUUCCGAAUUCAUCAGAAAAACGGACUCAGUUACCUCCAUCUAAGCCGUAAAAAGGCCAUGCGAGGGAAGUACAUGCUCGAGAUUUCCAGUAUGCCUCUGUACAGGAAGAAGGAUCUCCUGAAACUGGAAGAUGAGAAUGACGUUGACUACCUCGUGGGUGAUCUCGGCGAGGCCCUCCACAUGAAACUUCAGAUUCAUCUUCUUUAAUGUUCUUCUCCUGUCACCCUUGGUGGGGAAAAGGCCUCCACCAUUUUAAACAGCACCUCAGCACCAACCUCUCAACACUAAAUUGAUGAUGGGAUACUGGGCUGUGUCAGCUCAACAAAAUCUUUACAUAAUAGUCCUUUUCAUUCAGGCUAUGUAUUGGGGAUUGAAUGGCAUUUUCUGGAGUGUGUCACUGUUGUCACACUUACAGCUGAUGAUUGACACCAAUUGAAAAGGACUAAUUAAUAUUUAAAGGUUGAAAAUUCCAUGUGCUUAACCAGAUUUAUUUUGUAGUACAGUGAUUCAAAUUGGAAUGUAUAUCGUAAAGGAGUCCAUCUUAUUAGAGCAAAAUAAAUUGGGAGACAGCAGAUCAGCGAGGACAAGGGCAUUAAUGGAUUUGAAGGAAUUAGUGAUGUAGAAUCAGCAAUGAAGGGAAGUUUGCUUUGCAUUUAGGGGAGAAAUAAAUUCUAAUUUGGGAUUAUAUUAAUAAAUAAUGCCUUUAGAGGUUGAAUUGAAAAACUGAAGGAAUCUUGAUUUUUUUAACCAUUUAACAGGCCCUCUUUCAGGGACUGACCUGUUCUAUCCUGAGGGAUACCCUGUUGCUAAUUGUUCUGACCUGAGUACUGUUGAAUUGUGGAGAAAUUUAUUUUGUACAAUUUGCAUUGUUCUGAAUCAUUCACUUCUGACUUUGGAAUCAUUUAUUUAACCAGGAAUCUCUGUCCAAAGUAAUCAGUUGAAAAAAUGUUGACUUAGGAAGAUACAGCAUGGACAGCCAUUUUGUAAUGACGUUCUUUGAGUAAAACCAAUCAAUGAGUUAGUGAGGAACCUGACCUGUGAAGAUGAGAACAAAGGAAGGGAGAUAUUUCCAGCUCAUUCCUUACAAUUCUGAUUAGUACAGCAGGUAGGUGGCAUAAAGCUUUUUUAAAGCAUGUUCUUCCCCUUUUAAUAAGGCAAACAGCAGUAAUCAAUUCAUUGUGCAGGUAGUGCUUAUUAGGUUUCAAUGAGUUGGGAUCAAGAAUUAAGGAUUAUUACAUUGUCAGGGGUUAAAAGAAACUUUGUAUAUGUGUGUGUGUGUUACCAUAGGAGCUUUUCCAAGUAUCCAUGGAAACACUUGUUGAGUAGGCAUAGCAAUGUAUCCCACCAUCCUUUUUUGUAUUAACUCUAUCCACAUUUUGGGAGAAACUCUCUUCCUAUCAACACCAUCAGCAAUAAAAGCAAUCUUCAGAAAUUGCUGCAAUAACCUAAGUUUAAGAAUCUUAUCCAUGUGCUGGUUUGCUACCCAGAUGCAGUUUUCAUGUGGAUCUCAGACAACUGAGUCUCUCUGUAUCACUUCCAUGUGCAUUGUGCAAGUUUGGCUUGGGUGUAUUUGUUGUUCCAGUCAAACUUGCUGUUUUCCAUAAACCCUAAGAUGAGAACAUAAUCUUAAGUGUAGGCAUUCCAGUCGAAGGUGCAGCCACCUCACUUGGGACCUCAAUAAAAAAAAACACCAAAGCCCACCAACUCUGAGUGAGUGCAAGCAAAUAGUUUUAACACAGAGAAAAUUUCUUUUUAACUGUAGUUUCACAAGAACGCAUUACUCCCCAUCAAUGCUGACAGGAUUGGUUCCUUAUGCUCGUCCGUAACGGUUGACAGCACUGACCCCCCACCCCCACCCUCCUAGUGCCCAAAAGGAUUGUCCCUUCCCUAUCUGACAGUGAGAAGCACAUGGAAUAUUAUCUUUGAAAUUUGGUGUAUCCUGAUACUACUCCACAAAGCAGGUGGAAGAUAAAUUUGGUUCUCUGCUUCGAUUCUCAUAAAGCACUGCAUGAGAUAUGAACACUAGAUUAAGUUCUGUAAAUGAUAGAGUCACCCAGAUGGUUGUGACAGUUACAUGCCACUAAUCUGCAAAGUAGUUCAUGAAGAAAAAAACUCCUCAUCAACCCCACAUCCUCGGUUUUGACAGUGCACUAAACAUUCAGGUUCUUCUGAAGGGAAAACCACAGGACGACCCUUUCUUUUUUCGUAUUUGAUAAUUAUCUCUAACUACGAUGAUUGAGACAAAGCAAAGAAUCUAGAGCCAGGUAUUAAUGGGUGAGAUUCUAAAGGUGUCAAUUUCCCAGCAUUUCACCAUUUUAUAACACAGAUUCAGGGUUAGAAAGUAAUUUUCCUCAAUUACCUAGUCCUAUCUUUGCCCCAAAUAAGGGCACAUAAACCAAAGAAAAUUCAUUACCACAUUGCUAAUGUUUGUUUGACAGAGCCAGUGCAAGUGCCAGUUGAUUUUACUCAUGCAUUUGUGUUAUGUUUACUGUUUCUGAGAUGUGUUUAAUAAGUACAUCUCCUAGUUGAUUUUAUUUUUAAUGACCUGAAUCAAAGCAUUGUCCUGUCAGGGAGUAAAACCCCCAAAAAUGGCAUAUCUUUCAGAUAGUUAAUAAUGCAGCUGUUCCACAUUAAAAUGUGUGUGCUUUCACAGAAUUUCAUAGAAGAUAACCAUUUGACCCAUCCUGCAAGUGUUGACUCUUUUCUUUCAUGGUUAUAACAAGAAGUACAAUGCUAAUAAGCUUUUUUUUUCAAUUUGCAUUCAAAAAUACAGAGGGUUCCAUUGGUUGCUGUGUGUGGCAGAAUUGGAACAAAAAGUUUAAAUGUAAUGGAGUUUAAUAGUACAAGUUGAAGAAAUUCUUCACAAUGAUUGUGUCAGGGCACACUGCAACUGGAAGAUUUGGACAUCCUCCAAGCUAUUGUCCCUCAGUAUGCUUUCUUUGAUUAUUCAAUAAACAAUAAGUUUGUCUUAUCUUCUUUAAAUGGUUCCACAUGGACAUUGCAUAGUGCAGGCAAGUUACUGUUUCAUAAAGGUGCUAAUGUUAAAAGAUUUACCUGUUCAACCUCAGACUACCUGAAGUGCUUUUGUUCAGUAGUGCAAUUGAUCAAUACAAUGGUGCUAGUAUCAAAAUUCAGGGUUCCUGCACUGUCCAUCCCAUUUUAUAUUUAUGUAUAACCGACAUUUUGUACUGUUUGUUUUUUUUUUGUGAGCUCAUAUCUUGUAGCUUUUUUUUGUAAACUGCCACUUCAUGUAAAAUAGAGGACGUGUUUAUACUGUAAUCAUUUAGUGACAAACUUGAAAAACAAUUUUUUUAUUGUAAACUUGUAAUACUGUAUACAGAUUUUUCUACUGCAAAGAAAAGAGGGUUAUGAAUAUAAUAAUUCUGCCUGAACACUGGACCCUCGACAUCUGUUGAAUUGACCAUCCUGACUUUUUGAGAUGAACUUUGUACUGAUGAUGUGAAGCCCGGACUGCCAAACAAUGAAGUACUGUUAUACUACAAGCCCAAGUCAGCCUUUCCUCUGUGUUCUGGUGUUGUUAUUGAUGCAUGGGGUUUGGGGGGGGGGGGGGGUGGAAUUCAGCACAUAAUAUAUAUCUGGGGAAUUGGAUUUGUACCGAGAAACAUUCUCGGCAAUAAAAUGGAUUAUUUUGGGUUACAUUCUAAG